GAUUUGUACUUAAAUACCUACAAACACCUUAAGAAUGUCGAUCCCUAUUCUUGGUAGAUUACAUAUAACUGAUUGGCCAAUCAUCGCCAUCUCGUUCUUGUUAGCCUGGAUUGAAUUCAUAAUAUCGAUAAUUACUAAUUCCUUACCUUCACAUGUGAUCGAUGUGUUCACUGUGGUUACCAAGUUCAUAUACCGCUUCACCAGAAAUCCAAUAAAUUUGAUCAUUAGACAUAAGAAGGACGAUAUCCAUCAAGAUGAAGAGAAGUUUACAUAUCUGUACAUCAACUCAGAUUUGCCUAAUCUCACUAGAAAGCAAUACCAAACCAUGAUUGAGUUGUUAAAUGCUGAUAGAAUUGAACAAAUGGUUCAGUUGUUUGGAUAUGAUAUUGAAAGUCGAAUUGUCAAGACCAAGGAUGAUUAUUUGCUUACUAUUCAUAGAAUUAAAGGCCGUGAUAGACCCAGCAAUGGCAAGGUUAUUUAUUUGCAUCAUGGAUUGUUGAUGAAUUGUGAAAUCUGGUGUACUAUGAUUGAGAAGUACAACAAUUUGCCAUUUUUGUUGUAUGAUUUAGGAUAUGAUGUAUGGAUGGGAAACAACCGUGGUAGCAAAUACAGUCAACGUCAUUUAUUUUACAAGCUGAAUUCUGUCCGAUUUUGGGAUUUCUCUCUUGAUGAAUUUGCUUUGUUUGACAUUCCAAAUACGAUAGAUUAUAUUUUAAAGGUUUCUGGAGCUGAGAAGUUAACUUAUAUUGGGUUUAGUCAAGGUUCUGCUCAAGCAUUUGCCAGUGUUUCUGUGAAUAUUGAUUUGAAUGACAAGAUUGACCAGUUGAUUGCUAUAAGUCCAGCUACAACCCCACAUGGGUUAUAUUCCAAGUUUUUGGAUAUCUUGUUGAAAUCAAGUCCCAACAUCACAUAUUUGUUAUUCAGCAGGAAAGUGCUUAUGCCGUCGUGUCUUUUCUGGCAGAAGAUUAUGUAUCCUCCAUUAUUUGAUACUAUGAUUGAUAUUUCAAAUUAUUUGUUAUUUAAUUGGAAGGCGGAAAAUAUUGAUAAGUUGCAAAAGUUGAGUAGUUAUGCUCAUUUAUAUUCCACUACCAGCGUUAAGUGUGCUGUUCAUUGGUUUCAAGUCAUGAGUAGCAAGAAUUUCCAGAUGUAUCAUGAUGCAACUACCAGCUUGCUGGGAUUAAAUCCAAUUAGUUAUCCAUUAAAGAAUAUCCAAAUUCCAAUCCAUUUGAUUUAUGGGACUGCUGACUCAUUAGUUGACAUUGAAGUUAUGAAGAGCCAGUUACCAGAUAAAACGACUACUGUGCACCCGGUGCCUAAUUAUGAACAUUUGGAUAAUCUUUGGGGAAGAGAUGUUCAUGAAUUAGUGUUUAAAGAAGUUUUACGUCGAUUGGGUGAAAACACCGAUGAUUUGUUUUAUCGGUUAAGUCUUUUGGAGAAUGAUAGGAACCCCAAGUUGAUUGAAGAUAUUAUAGUUGACGUUGGAGAAGACGAGGCUACUUUGAACCAACAAUCAUACUUGAAGAUGGCGAACAAUAGCAAUAGUAAUGGACUUAGCCCGGUUAGCCAUGUAGAAAAUUUAGAUUACGGAACUGACCGACGUUCUACAGUGGGGACUGGCAUUUUCACAUAAGCUUUACGAUGUUUUAUUUUACAAGAGAUACCGGAAUUAUUACGGUACACAACUAUUAAUAGUUAGGUUUAUAAAUUAUAUAUACACUACGUUUAUAGGAAACAAUUAGUU